GACAUCACCGUGUUGCCUUUCCAGUGACAACUGGUGUUUUAGGGGAUGUUUUAGAUGCUGUGUUUCACUUGUAACCAAUAGUUACUCUCAUUCCACUUGACAUACAUGGCAUCAGAGUGAGUUUCGCUUUCACAUGUGGAAUGAGGAAGGGGCAGGUCUUAAGCUCUUAAACAUAUCUGCCUAAAUAACAGAUGGAGAGAAAAGAGGUCAGUUGUUAAAACCUUACAGAUGUGACUCCAGAGGCAGCAGAGGAACAAGCUUACUGCCACAGGCAUGGGAGCUGACAUUAUGAUGGCAUGCUUGCCCCAGGAGCUUUUACUGAAACGACGUGCUGAAAUUCUCCAUGCGCUCUGCAGCGGCGGCUCUGUCGAACAUCUAGAAAGAGUCAUCGACAUGCUGCUUGCCCAAGGGGAGCUCGGAUGGGAGGACUGCCAAAAUGUUCUGGUACCAGGAAGGGCUCUAUACAGCAAUGCACGGCAACUGCUUGACUUGGUUUAUACAAAAGGUGCAGACAGCUGUGAGCUCUUCUUCAAUGCGGUCAAACAGGUCUUGCCAGAAGCUCUGGGAGACACUUUCUUCUUGUCAGGAUGUCAUUCCACUUUAGAUUACAAAGAAAAGCCUCAGAGAACGUCCACUGAGGAACUCUUGACUCAAAGGCCGGACCUCGUCCUCAAGCUCCAGGGUUGUAUUGAUGGUGCUCUGAGAGUGCUUGUUGAAUCAGGCCACUUUUCCCCCACAGAUUGUGAUGGAAUUCAGCUGCCUAUUUACACUCCCUCUCAACAGGCAAGACGUCUACUUGAUCAUGUCAGAUCCAAAGGAGAGUCAGCGUCUUUGGUAGUCCUGCAGUAUGUUCAGCAAAGCCUAGAAUCUGAAUCAAGCCUGGAGCAGACAAACCCAAGCCUGACUAAAGAAUUUGUGAAAUACCAGAAGAAAUUGAGAAGCUCUGUGUCGGCACAGUCCCGCUUCCUUAGUACUUAUGGAGGGACCAGCCACAUGCCCUUAGAUGACAUCUACACUGAAGUCCAGAUGGAGCUACCGAACAACAGUGCUGAUAACUACAAAUCUAUGGGCUUUGAGGAAAUAAUUGGGCCUGUGGGGUCAGUAAAUGAUGAUGCAGACACAGUGCUGGCAUCCGGGGAAGCAGGAAGUGGAAAGAGCACCUGGCUCCAGAGGCUACACCUUCUUUGGUCUCAAGGGAAGGCCCUCCAGGACUUUCUCCUUCUGUUUCCAUUCAGCUGUCGCAGGUUGAACUCAGAGCAAAGGGAUCUGUCAGUACAAGAGCUGCUGUUUCAGCACUGCUGUUGGCCAGACAGGGGGCAGGAGGAGAUCUUCCAGUUCAUUCUGGAUCACCCUCAUCUUGUCCUCUUCACCUUUGAUGGUCUAGAUGAGCUCAAACAAAGCUUUGCAGAUGAACAUAGGAUUUGCUGCCCCAGCCAGCGUGCACCUGUUGAUGUACUAUUAUUUAACUUAAUCCAGGGUUCUCUUAUGAAAGGAGUGAGAAAGGUUGUCACCAGUCGUCCAGAGGCGGUGGGUCCUGCUUUGAAGAAACACUUACACAAAGAGAUCCAUUUGAAAGGCUUUUCCCUGUCUGGCAUUGACUGCUUUGUGAGAAAACAUCACAGUGAUCCAAAUGAGGCUGCCAAAGUCUUAGAAUCACUACAGGCAAACACAGCUUUACUUGGACUGUGCCACAGUCCAGUUCUCUGUUGGAUAGUCUCACAGUGCCACAAGGAACUGCUUGGAUGUGGUGAGGGAAGCCUGCAAACAAUCACUGAUGUUUACCUGAUGAUCUUACAACACUUUUUCCAGCACCACAGCACUGUUAAGAGUGCCAUGGGAGUAAAUUGGCUGCAGGAGAACCUUGGGACAGUCUUGCAUCUUGGACAGCUUGCCUUUGAGGGAAUAUCAAACUCCAGUUAUAUCUUUUCAGUCACAGACAUGGAGACAUGCGGUGUUACUGAAUCAGAUAUCUGCAUGGGCUUUCUCAUUCAAAGCAAGGAUAUGUCCCUGGCCAACAGUAAAUGCUGUGAGUUCCUACAUAUUACAUUGCAAUGCUUCUUAGCUGCUCUCUUUGCCAUUUUGUCAAGAAACACUGGUUGCUCAGCUAUCUCUAAACUCUUUGAGCUGCAGGAAAUGAAGAAGAAGAGGCUUAGAGGUACAUGCUUUGGAGCUUGUCUGAAUUCAACCAACAUACCGAACAUUGUCAAGGAACAUUCUACAAUGGCAGAAACACCAAAUCUGCAGAUCACAGCCACCUUUGUGUCUGGACUUCUGUCCCAGCGCUAUCAAAAGCUCUGGAUCCAGUGCAGCUCUAGUGUUUUGGUAGAGAAGAAGACUAAACAAGCAGAAAAAUGUCUUUCAAAAGGCAUGCAGCAACAUUUCAGGUCAAUUCCUCAACCUGUGCAGGGAGAGAAGAAAAGCAUGCAUGCAAUGCCAGAAUUUGUUUGGCUCAUCAAGUGCAUCUAUGAAAUGCAGAAUAGCAGACUUGCUAAAGAUGCCAUGAGUAAGCUAGAGGCUGAGCACCUGAAAUUGACAUACUGUAACAUCGGCCCUGUGGAGUGCACUGCACUUGCUUAUGUGCUCCAACACCUAAAGAAUCCUGUUGGCAUCCAGCUGGACAACAAUUCAGUUGGCGAUGUUGGAGUGGAGCAGCUUCUACCCUGCAUGCACAUUUGUAACUCUCUAUACCUCAGAAACAAUAACAUUACAGAUGAGGGCAUCCACAAACUGAUUGACAAAGUCAUCCACCUUCAAAACUUCCAGAAAAUUGCCCUUUUCAACAACAGGCUAACUGAUGCUUGCACAAAGCAUUUUUCUUACCUGCUAAAGACCAGACAAAAUUUCCUGUCCUUAAGGCUAGGUAACAAUAACAUUACAGCAGAAGGAGCAAAGCAGCUGGCAGAGGGACUGAAAUUCAAUCGUUCACUGCAGUAUUUAGGGCUAUGGGGCAAUAAGAUAGGCAAUGAAGGAGCAGAGGCCCUUGCAAAUGCUUUGGAGAAUAGCGAGUCCAUUGUGUGGCUCAGUCUUGUAGGCAAUGGUGUUGGAAGUGCAGGGGCUUGUGCCAUGUCUAACAUCAUCAGGAACAGCACAUCACUGGAGGAACUCUGGUUGACUGAGAACUGCAUAACCAGAACAGGGGUAGAGUCUCUGACUCAAGCCCUAAAACACAAUCAUCAUGUCAAGUCAGUAUGGUUGAAAAAUAAUGACCUCACUUCAGCAGAGAUUGAAGAAAUGCAGCAGACUGACUCACGACUUGUUUUCUGAUUUGUUGUGAUGUCAUUCAGAGGUUAUGUUUUGGAAUAUACCCAUUAUUUCCAUACAAUUGUUGAUGGGAUCAUGUAUACAGUGUGUAUCAUAAUUUGUACAGUGUGCAAAGUGAAAUGUUUUUAAUGACUUUUUAUUCUAAUUUAUUCUUAUUUUAGUGUAUUUGUUUUUACUGUUGCAACUUGAUGUCAGUGUCAUUUUGUGCCUAAUGUGGAAUAACUAUAAAGAUUUUUAUAUUCAA